AAAUAAUGAAAAGGCGCCAGGAGGGGAGCUUCAUAAGUUCAUAUUUCCAAAAAUUCGUUUAGUCAGAGAAAGAAAAAAAAAAAAAGAACGCAAACAAAAACAAAAGCAAAAGCCAUCGAUCGAUGGAGGUACAUACAUACGGUGAGAUGCAUCUUCAAAUGUUUUACUGAGGAGUAGCUGGAUAAGAUGUCUGGAAUGGAACUGUACGAUGAACCAAGAGAAAGGAAAUCUAACUUUGAAAAUUUAGAAGAGGAAAGACGGAGAUCUGGAAUUGGAGUUCUGAAGAAAAAAGCAAGAAAUGCUUCCGGUAAGUUCACUCGGUCACUGAAGAAGAGAGGGAAAAGGAGAAUUGAUUACAGGGUUCCUUCAUUAUCCAUUGAGGAUGCACGUGAUGCAAAAGAGGAGAGUGCUGUUUACGAACUGCGUCAAAGACUUGGUUCCCACGAACUUCUGCCACCCAGACUGGAUGACUAUCACACUCUGUUGAGAUUUUUGAAAUCUAGAGACUUUAAUAUUGACAAAACCAUUCACAUGUGGGAAGAUAUGGUUAAUUGGAGGAAAGAGUAUGGAACAGACACAAUUCUGGAGGACUUUGACUUUGAAGAGCUGGAAGAAGUGUUGCAAUAUUACCCCCAAGGAUAUCAUGGUGUUGACAAGGAAGGCAGACCUGUAUAUAUUGAAAGGCUUGGACAAGCUCACCCAAACAAACUAAUGAAGAUAACCACCAUAGAACGCUACUUGAAGCAUCAUGUCCAAGAUUUUGAGAGGGUCAUACAUGAGAAAUUCCCUGCCUGUUCAAUUGCGUCUAAGAGAAGAAUCUGUUCGACAACUGCAAUAUUAGAUGUGCAAGGCCUGGGAAUGAAAAAUUUCACAAUGACAGCUGCUAGUCUUUUGUCAGCCAUGGCAAAAAUUGACAGUAGCAACUAUCCUGAGACACUGAAUCAGUUGUUUAUUGUUAAUGCUGGGCCUGGGUUCAAGAAGUUGCUCUGGCCUGCAGCACAGAAGUUUCUGGAUGCAAAGACUAUUGCUAAAUCCCAGGUUUUGGAACCUAAAGAUUUGGAGAAAUUGCUUGAAGUGAUUGAACCGAGUGAACUUCCUGACUUCUUGGGUGGAUCGUGUACUUGUCCUGUUGAGGGAGGCUGUCUAAGGUCUAGCAAGGGUCCAUGGAGUGAUCCAGAUAUAAUGAAGCUUGUAUAUAAUGCUGAGGCAACCAUGGCUGGACAGAUUACUAGAGGAUGCCUUGGACAGCAAAAGAUUGAUUUGUAUGUCCAGAUUCGCACAAUGAAGGAGAGACAUAGUGAUGCGGAUGCCUCAACAACUGAAUCCAUUUCAGAGAUUGAUGACUCCUGUAAUCCUAAUAGACAAACUAGUAGCACUUUUCAAGGGCUUGCCCCAGUUCAUGAAGAAGCAAGGGCAUUUGCUUCAACUCCUAACUACAGUUGCAAUGAUCAUGUAAUCCAAUGUCAUAGAGAUAUUGAUAGUGAGGAACGAUUGGAGCAUUACGAAAAUCACUCAGCUGGAAGGAAUAUUAAUGAUUUCCCGGCCUAUGCAAGAUCAAAUUCUCAAGGUGGUGGGAUGAUGCAUUUGUUUGAUGUCAUCCAAGGAAAUCUCGUGACUAGAUGUUUCAGCUAUAUGGCAAGGUCAUUGAUAUCUCUCGUACUCGCAUUCUUAACCUUUAUCCGUAUUCUUCCUCUCGAGUAUUGGAGGAGACAAGCAAAUAUUCGCCCUUAUAAUGCAUUAGAAGUGAGGCAAGACAGCCACUCUUCUACCAGCGGUGGAGCUUGUAACGAAGAAGACCCGAUGCACCCAUGUUUCCAGCGCCUUCAGAAGCUUGAACAAAUACUAGACGAGCUAAACAAGAAGCCUGCUAACAUCCCAUUGGAGAAGGAUAAAUUGAUUCACCAAUCUUUAGACAGGAUCAAGUCAGUAGAAAGCGACCUCGGAAAAACAAAGAUGGAACUACGCUCCACGGUGAUCAAGCAGAAUGAAAUUACAGAGUUACUGGACAAUAUACGAGAGUCGAGAUUUUGUCGACGGAAGUUUUGUUGAAGUUGAGAUUGUUGAGAUUUGCCUCUAACCCUCCCACCCUGCUGCCAUGAUGAGGGUGCCUGAAGAAGAGCUGUACAAAUUUAAAAUUUUAUUUUCCAAAUUUUAUUUUCCAAAUUUUAUUUAAAAUAGAAACCGCAGCUUUGGACUUGUAUGUUUGCGGGAUGUUCUGUUCAUCAGCCUCGCACAGUUUUGAUAGAGUUGAAAAAGGAAAACCUCAAUUACAGGAUUUUACAAGAAAAUGUCAAUGAAUUUAUGUUUAUAUAA